CUAACCCUGUUUGGUGGGUUUGGAUGGAGAGGUCUAGCUAGAGAAAAAAUGGGUCAGAACCUUAUAGGAGAGACCCCAACAUACCCAAUAUAAUCAGCAGUCUCCUGCUCGCAUACUAAUUCCAUCAAGACGUGGCAGGCGAGGUUAGAGCGGGACAGCAGAGGUCCAAGAGGACUCCAAGGGUGCCCCACAUAAGGUUGGCUUAUGGUUUAAAGGCAGUGAAGAUCUAAAAAUUCCAGAAAGUCCUACAGAACCUUUGCCUUUUAACAGGCUGGAGCAUCUUAUAACGUUCUUCUUCACUUUAUUUGCUGAUGACAGAAUGGAUCCACCUCAACUUGACUAUAUUAAGAUGCUGCUGUAUUUUGCCUCCCACCCUGAUGCUGUUGAAGGAGUCUACAGAGCACUUAGUAUUGCUACUGGCACAUAUAUCCAUAGAAAAAAAGAGAUUUCUUCUCCUUGCAUGUCUGUUUCCAAUAUUGAUAAACAGAUGAAUGGAGGACCUUCAGGAGAAGAAGGGGAACUACCAAAUUACACAGAUGAGGGGAGAAUUUCUAUGGCAACCCUGCUUAGAGUGUUCCAACAUGAAGGAAGUAAAGAUGAGGACAAUAAUAGAUUUAGUGAUCUGCAAAAAGAAAGCAGUUACAAUAAGAAUUUCAUAAAAAUCUUCAAGGAACUGGGCUCUGAGGACCUGAAACCCAUUCCUAUUACACUUCUUUUGAAACAUCCAUUCAUUCAAGACUUAAUCAAAACUUAUCAAGAAUACACACUCCCUAAUAUUAAACUGAUUCUACAAAGGGUUGAACAAAUGCAAUCUACAGACGGAGAGACCACAACAUCUAAAGACAUUAAAAUAUGAAUAAAAUGGUUUUUUUACUAUUAAUUAAAUAUUCCAAAGGUUUUUGUAAGAAUCAGUCCUUCAAAUCUUACUCACAUAGAAAGGACUAUUCACUUGCAGGUUGCAAGAUAAAACAUUAAAAUAAUUAAAUAUAUUGUAUGCUAUAUAUA